AUGAGCAGCGAGCAUGAUGUCGAAUACUAUGAGCGAUAUGGCGUGGAGAGCUAUGUGUAUAAUAUAAUCCAGGAGUUAUGCAAGAUCGACGCUGCUCGACAGGAGUUUAAACUUGGAGAUGGGAUCAAGUUUGAAAAUCAUACAAAUCUACUCGAAGCGGAUGAAGGCGUCGAAGCGACAGAUCAGCUAUCGAAAAUCGAACACCCUAAAGCUGAUUCGUUUUUUUUCAUGCAUCGGAUCGACGGUGACACUCACACCCUCCUCGCUUCAGCCGAAUACAAGCCGCCUCACAAGCUCCCUGUGGAAGCCUUUCGUCGAGGACUUAGGGAUAUGGAUUUGUACAAACAUAUGGUCAGGUCAAACAAAAUUCCCACGGAUAAGGAAGAAAAGCUCAAAUACGAUGCAGAACGACUAGUUUGCUCCGCUAUUGUUCAAGAAUAUCAUGUGAUGAUCCAAGAGGGAUUCGAGUACUCCUAUGUGACGACUGGCAUUGCCCGUGUUCUCCUCCGUGUCCCUCUUGAUGACCCUAGCACACUUUACUAUCACUUUUGUGAUCCCAAUUCUGAAGUGGACCCAGAAGAUGAGAAUGGGUUUCAAGAACCAAAGACUUCGGUUGCCAGAGUGCUAUGUCUAUGCUUAAUGGCAUUCCGUUCAUCGAUACGUGACCAUGAAUGGAGAUACCGUGCCCGCAAGGGUCUUCAGAUAUGGAGCUCCAACUUUAGCCGCUCCGAGACUCCCAAAGAACCACGGCCUCUUCCCAACUCCGAUAGUACCUAUCUGGAGUACACGAGUCCUGAAUCCGGUUCAUCUUAUGAACCGCCGUCAUCUCUGCCUGCAUCGCCAAAAUCUCUGCCAGCACCUCCAGCAGAGGGCCACCGAGUGACUCUAAGGUCUCGGGGAACCUGUGCGCCCUCAAAUGAUCGACGCGCACAGUCGCCAGACUCGUCAGGCUCUGACUCCAACCAAGCAGUGGGACGAAAACGGGGAUUCAGCCAAGUCACAUCUUCUCCAUCUGCCCAACGAGCCGCUCGACAGGAGCAUGCUAGGAGAUAUGAAGAGAGCCAGUCUCGACGCAAUGCACAAUUCUGCACCCAGCGGUGUCUCCUCGGACUGCAAACCGGGGGUAACCUAGAUGACCGCUGUCCAAACGUAAAGCUUCACUGUCAGGAACAAGAUGGCCAGCGUGACUUCAAACAUCCCAUCACGUCGGGGGAUUUAGUACGCUUAAUAAACGAACAGGUCGACGACAAUAUCGACCGAUGCAUACCGUUCGGACGUUGCGGAUCGUAUGGUGCACCGUUCAAACUGACUUGCGUCAAAUAUGGCUACACAGUUAUCGGGAAAGGAACCACGUCAAACCUAUGGAAACAAGUCUCUAGCGAAGCGCAGAUGUAUCGAAUCCUACGGAAAGCUCAAGGCUCAGCGGUACCUGUUUUUCUCGGUACAAUCGAUUUGGCCAAAAUCUAUUUUCUGCACGGGGCUGGAGAAAUCCGUCAUAUGCUAGUCAUGGGCUGGGGAGGAGAGAAUACGGCGGAAAUGGAGAUAGAGCCAUGGCUUAGCCGGGAGAUCCGGAGGUCAACAAAGGAAAUAACCGCGUUGGGCGUCAUUCAUGACGAUCUUCGAUAUGACAAUAUCCUUUGGAAUAAGGAACUUGGACGAGCAUUGAUUAUCGACUUUCAUCGCGCUACUUUGAAUACACGGCCACUUAAGCGACGACGACAGAAGAAGUCGAGACCUGAAUCGGGGGAUGUAAAGCGUUUGCGCUUGAAUUGA